UCUCUCUCUCCUUCUCUCUCUCUCUCUCUCUCUCUCUGUCUUGCUCUCUGUAUUUCGCUCUCUCUCUUUCCCAACGGGCACUGGUCGUUCACUCACGGCUCUUGCUGACUGUGGUCUAAGGGGGAGAAACCGCCGGCAAAUUAGCCAGCGAGGAACCAGCGGUCGGUCUCGACGCCAAAAAAGAAAAUAUAAAAACAAAAGAACCAAAAUGACCCUGCUCCUCGUCGUUACUCUAGCGUGCGCUUUAGCCGUGGAAAGCUCACGGGGGAGUCCUGAAGGUCUGACUGUGGAUCCGUGCAGACCUGGAUUCUCCCAGAGCUUCUACACUGUCUUCGUCUCGCGGGAGAUGCUGCGCGGCCAGAGCAUUCUCAAAGAUACUCUGCUGUCCUCAGGUCGAGUGAAGUUCGAGGCUUGCCAUCUGAAUGAGAGAAUCAGCUUUGAGAGCAGUGACCCAAAGUUUGCCGUCCGACCAGACGGCUCUCUGUACGCACAGCGAGAGGUGGCUAACCUGUCAGAGCCCAUCCAGUUCAUGGUAACGGCCAGACGAAGCAAGGACACACAUAUUUGGGAGACUACAGUCAAACUGGCCCUCGCUGGACACACUCUUCCUCCCCCCAUCAACCAGAUUGGCAGUGAUGCUGCUUUCCACCUGAGAUCCCACCACAACCACUACCCCAAUCCCAGAGUCAUCACAUUCCCACGACGACACCAGCGAGGCUCCUCCACCAAUGGGCUGCGCCGUCAGAAAAGAGACUGGGUCAUUCCACCAAUCAACGUGCCUGAAAACUCCAGAGGGCCCUUCCCCCAAAUGCUUGUCAGGAUCCGGUCGGACCAGGAUAAGGAGAUUGAGAUCCGGUACAGUAUAACAGGAGCCGGUGCUGACCAGCCCCCCGGCGAUGUCUACAUCAUCGACCCCGUUACUGGGAAAAUGUCUGUCACCAAGCCCCUGGACAGAGAAGACCGAGCUUCUUACCAUCUGAGGGCUCAUGCAGUGGAUGUCAAUGGAAAUCAAAUGGAGCCUCCCAUCGAUUUGUAUAUCUACGUUAUUGACAUGAACGACAACAGACCAGAGUUCAAAAACCAGGUCUACAACGGAUCGGUUCCGGAAGGAUCCAAACCAGGUACAUCCGUGAUGCGCGUGACUGCGUUCGAUGCUGAUGACAGCACCAUGCCCAACGGCCUGGUACACUACCGCAUCCUGAACCAAAGCCCACACAUCCCUAUCCCCAACAUGUUCACCAUUAAUGGAGCUACAGGAGAGAUCAGUACCAUCGCAGCGGGCCUGGACAGAGAGAAAGUGUCUCAGUACACACUGAUAGUACAGGCCACAGACAUGGAGGGCAGUCUGAGUUUCGGCCUGUCCAACACAGCAACUGCGCUAAUCACCGUCACUGACAUCAACGACAACCCUCCAGAGUUCGACUCCAAAACGUUCCUGGGAGAGGUGCCAGAGAACGCAGUGGGUGUGGUUGUGGCUAAUCUGACGGUGCGGGACAGGGACCAACCUCACACACCCAACUGGAACGCUGUGUACAGGAUAGUGGGCGGAGACUCUAUGGGUCAUUUCACCAUCCGCACUGACGAGAUCACCAACGAUGGCAGAGUUACUGUGGUCAAGCCGGUGGACUAUGAGAGGAAUGGUGCGUUUAUGUUGACAGUGGUGGUCUCUAACCAAGCCCAUCUAGCCAGCGGCAUCCCGUCGUCUCUCUCGUCCACUGCGGGGGUCACCAUCUCGGUGCUGGAUGUGAACGAGGCUCCUGUCUUUCCCUCCAACCCCAAAAUGAUCCGCUUCGAGGAGGGGGUCCCUGCUGAUACCACCCUCACCAUAUUUGCCGCCCUGGAUCCAGAUCGCUUCAUCCAACAGACUGUCAGAUACUCCAAGCUGUCCGAUCCAGGAAACUGGCUCCGAAUCAACAGGACAAAUGGUCAGAUAACCACUACAGCCAUACUGGACCGUGAGUCACCUUAUGUGAAGAAUAACGUGUAUGAAGCGACCUUUCUGGCUGUAGACAAUGGGUCUCCUCCUGCAACAGGAACAGGCACUCUACAGAUCUAUCUGAUAGAUGUAAAUGAUAACGUGCCAGUGCUGGUGCCCAAAGAGGCUCAGCUGUGCGAGAGGUCGCGGCCCAGCUCCAGGAUCAACAUCACUGCCUCCGACGCAGACUCUGAACCCAACGCAGGGCCAUAUGUCUUUGAGCUGCCCUCUUUCCCGCCCUCAGUCCGCCGCAACUGGACCAUCUCACGGCUAAAUGGUGAGUAUGCCCAGCUGAGGUUGCGGAUUCCCUACCUAGAGGCCGGUAUGUAUCGAGUGCCCAUCCUGGUGUCGGACUCGGGAAACCCUCCCCUGACCAACCGCUCCAUGAUCAGGGUGAAAGUGUGUCCCUGUGACGAGCACGGAGACUGCACUGCGGUCGGAGCCGUGGCUUCAGCCAGCCUGGGCACAGGAGCCAUUAUAGCCAUCCUCAUCUGCAUCAUCAUACUGCUUAGCAUGGUGCUGCUCUUUGUGGUUUGGAUGAAGCGUAGAGAGAAAGAGCGUCAGACCAAGCCUCUGCUGAUCGAUCCAGAGGAUGACGUGAGGGACAAUAUACUGAAAUAUGAUGAGGAGGGAGGAGGAGAGGAGGACCAGGACUAUGACCUGAGCCAGCUGCAGCAACCCGAGACCCUGGACCACAUGAUGAGUAAGCCAGCGGGAGUGAGGAGAGUGGACGAAAGACCCAUCAUCCCUGAGUCUCAGUACCCCGUACGACCCACUCUACCUCACCCUGGAGACAUUGGAGAGUUUAUUAUUGAUGGUCUGCGGGCAGCAGAUAAUGACCCGACGGCUCCCCCAUAUGAUUCCCUGCUGGUGUUCGACUACGAAGGCAGCGGCUCCACAGCUGGCUCAGUCAGCUCACUGGACUCAUCCAGCUCUGGAGAGCAGGACUACGACUACCUCAAUGACUGGGGGCCACGCUUCAAAAAACUGGCCGACCUCUACGGGGGUGGGGAGGAAGACUGAGGGCGGAGCACCGAGGAGAGGGGCGGGGGCUAAACGAGCAGUGAGAAGAGUGCUCGGUUCGAACAUUACACUGAAGAGCCAUAGGAACCGAGUCAAGGACCACAUUGAGCAUCCCUGUGGAAGACUAUCUGCAAACCAUAGGGAGUCAGAGAAAUUUACAGCCUGCUCCAGACCCUUACUGCAGUCUGCCAGUGUGUUUUUCCUCCGACAUUUCAGUUCUCCGCUAGGGCAAGUUUAUCUCUGUAAGGGUUAUUUUUUUUCCCCACUCUUCAGGCUGUUUGGAGAGUUGAGACAGCGCUGGUACGAGAGACUAAGUACUCCAUGUGCUCUGGAAACAGAAAACAAUGACUGCUCUCUCUCUCUUUCUCUCUCUCUCUCUGUCUGUCUCUUUGCUCUAUCACUUAAGAGUGGUAUAAAAUCACCAACUCUUGUUUCAUUCUCUCGACUUGAAUUUCGUUAGAAACAGAAGCACUGUCGUUGAUCAAGUGCCUUUCGUGGUGUGUUUUUGUACUGGACUCCUCCUCAGGGUCAGUUGCCAUUUUAAAUUCCUUUCUCGUCGCGCAGCACGCUCCCUCGUUCCCUCUGCCCCUCUCCUUCCACAUUCAGUUUUCUUUCAUCUCCCAUUAUUGGUGCAGAAGAAAAAAUAUCUACAACAAAGAAGAAGAAAGAACAGGAGGAUCGUUUGGCAGACAUUUGUGAUAAAAAAAAAACAAAAAAGAGGAGAGUCUGAUUCUUUGGAAGCUGACGUACAAGUAUGAGUGGUGAAGAAGUCUAAACCUGUGGUCUAAAUUACAAGACCAACCAAUUCCCCAAGCGACAACCACACCUAAUGAAGUGCGACAGCUUUUGAAAAUUUUUUAAAGAAUGAAAAACGAAACAAAAAACAAAUGGAGAAUGCCUUUUUACUCAGACACUUGCCUGCCUUGUUUUGUGUUGCUUUCCGAUUUGUAGAGGUAAUCUCUGCAUGGUGGAGCAGACAGAGAGAGACCUGCUGAAGCACUGGCUGAACAAAUAUGGGACUGAAAGGACCGCGUCACGGAGGAACGCUUUUAUUUCGUCUCGAACAUUCCCCUUUUCUAGGUUUAUAGGUUGAUUAGACUAUUAUACAUGCAUGAUUUCUCUCAAAGCAGUGUCUCGAAUCAAUCGCACUUGUUCCUUGUGGUCAGAAUGUGAAAAAAGUAGUUGGCAAAGAAUAUACAAUAUACAGUUCAAGUAUAACCUGUAAAGAACAACAAAAAAAAAAGACUCGGAAAAUGAGAAAAUGCUGUAAAAUACAUAUUUUUUUUAAGUAUAACCUGAAACAUUUGCUGCUCUCAAGGUCCUUACUGGGCUGAAUGACACUGUAUUUGGCCCAGUGGUUUUAAGUGCGUCCGUAUGCGCGUGUGCAUAUGCACAUGCGCAUGUGUGUUUGCAAGUAUGUAUGUUGUCUGUCUGUUCUGUAGGAUUUUUAAAUUCUCUUUUCUAUGUUUUUUGGUUUCAGAUUUUUCUUGAUUAGUUUCUAAGUUUUAGUCUAAGCUUUGAUACGUGUUCUUUUGAUAUGAGCAGUGUGUGCUCAGUUCUGUCUUGCUGAGAAAAGCCUGUUUUCUGUGUCCUGUCCCAGAGUCUGGGAACAAAUGGCGACUGGAGGACUACCACCAUGCCUGCUUCAAACGUUCAGUGUUUCUCAGUUACCCUUUCAUUCAUCUAAACGACUACUGGAUUUGUGCUUUAGAAAAUAAACAAGAACUGUUUUGCAGAA